AUUACCUACUGCAAAUUUGUUAAUAAUGUCAAACCUAUUAACACGAACCAAUUUACAUUCUUUUUCAAUAUCAUUGAAUUAGUGAAAUGUGAAUAUAAAAGCCAAAACUUCGAUACAUUGUAGAGCACUCAUUAGGCGAAAAUGCAGUUUGUAAUUAUAGUUCUUCUGUUUUCCGCAAAGGCUUUGGCACAAUUUCCAAAUGGAAGAAGUCUGGAAGGCCCAGUACCAGAAAUGUGCGCUCAGAGAACUAUUCACGAAACAUCGCCCCUUGGUCAGAACUACUUCUACCAAUGGAGAGAAAAACUUGAUGAUGAAGACUGGUUGGGAGUGAGAAACUUCUGCCGAACGCGUUGCAUGGACGCGGUGUCUUUGGAAACAAAGGCAGAAAACGACUGGAUUAAAGACAAAAUCAAAAAUGAAUACAUUGAGGAAAUCUGGACUUCAGGCAGGUUGUGUGAUUUCAAGGGUUGCGAUCGACCGGAUUUAUUGCCUGUUGAGGUUAAUGGUUGGUUCUGGACUGCCAUUUUUCAGAAAUUAGCCCCUACGACUGAUAGAGAAUCCAACGAUUGGUCUUUUACAGGAGGAAAUGAGGUCCAGCAACCAGAUAACAGGGAGUUUGCAUUAAAAGGGAAACCUGAGAACUGCUUAGCGAUACUAAAUAACAGGUACAAUGAUGGGAUUCAUUGGCAUGACGAAGUUUGUAGCCGCAGAAGGCCAUUUAUUUGUGAGGACAGUGAAGAGUUGUUGAGAUAUGUAAAAUAUAUCAGACCAGACCUGAACACCAAUUAGGAAAGUAUUGAACAGGCAAAAAUUGUUGUUUGAAUUGUAUUAUAUUGUACCCCAAAAUAAUUAAACCUGACCUUGUUUUUUUAUUAUUUAACAUUGCUGUAAUAUUUUCUUUUGCUUAAUAUUUGGAGCUCUGUUUGGCAGACUAUUGAAUAUUUUAAUAAAAUUAAUGUCACUCCCA